AUGCUGUCAGGACCAAGAAACAUAAGCCUUGAGAACCAUGUGAGAGUUUGCCCAGAUCGUCUCCUCUGGGACUCAGAAAGGUGUGGCUUCCUACGGAGACUGGACCUGAACCUGAAGCAUUACUUGGCUGUGGAAAAGAGUGGGACACAGCACCCUGAGAUCCAGGACAAAGCUGUCAACCUGUGUAGUAAAUCUAGACUUCCACGUAAAGGACUGAGGUAUCUCAGUUCCCUGUUCUACUACCAAGACUCUGUCCUGCUGUCCCUGACGCCAGCCAUCAUGCCACGGGGACAGAAGAGUAAGGCCCGUGCUCGAGAGAAACGGCGGGCACUCAAGGAUGCUCAGGCAAAGGAGGCAGAGAAAGCAGAGUCACCUGCUGGCUCUGAUCAAGCUUCAGGAGAUGCUAAGCCAAGCACUUCUACUGCUGACUUCCCACAGCAAUCUGAAAUCUCAGCACCCAGCAGCACUGCCAGCCAGGGAGGGAGCCAUGGAAGGUCUGAUAAUGGUGACCAGGGCCAAGGGGAUGGAAAUGAGCGUCCCCCCGGGGCUCUACUCUCCACUAGAAGCAUGCAGAUGGAUCUUAUGACAAGGAAGACAGGAAUGCUGAUGGAGUACAUGCUCUACAAAUACAAAGUGCAGCAGCCCCUGAAGAGAGGAGAGAUGCUCAAAGUUAUCAACAAAAGGUUCAAGGAACACUUCCCCGAGAUCCUCAAGAAAGCCUCCUAUCGAUUGGAUGUGGUGUUUGGCCUUGAGCUGAAAGAAAUCCUGCCACAUGGUCAAGCAUAUGAGCUUGUGAGCAAGUUAGAUUUCGAGGAUGAUGGAAGUAGGAGCAAUGAGCUAGGUGUUCCUACCAGGGGCAUUCUGAUUGCUCUCCUCAGUGUGAUCUACCUAAAUAACUAUUGUGCUUCCGAGGAGGAUGUCUGGUAUUUCCUGAAUGCAUUAGGAGUCUAUGAUGGGAUCAUGCACGUCUUCUUUGGGGAUAUCAGGAAGCUCAUCACUGAGCAGCUAGUGCGGGAAGAAUAUCUAGAAUACCGUCAGGUUCCUAACAGUGAUCCUCCAUCCUAUCAGUUCCUGUGGGGCCGGAGAGCCUAUGCUGAAACAUGCCAGAUAAAGGUGAUGGAAUUUUUAGCCAAGAUCAGUGAAGCCUUGCCUGGGGUUUGCUUAUCUCGUUAUGAGCAGGCUUUGAUUGAAGAGGAAGAGAAAGCCCAAGCUGAAGCUGCAGCCAAGUCUGGCACUAAAGGCAAGGCUAAGGGACGUACUAAGACCAAGUUAAGUCGUCCUACUCACAAGUGA